AUGGUUCGAUAUAAUGCUCUCGUCCUGCAGGGGGCGAUGCGCAAUCUUCGGUCCCGAUCCGAUCCCGUCCGCAUUCGCUUCCUGCAACAGCGCCAGUUUGGAGCUUCGGCUCAGCACGCCAAAGAGAACCAAUCGUUCAAGAGCCAAUUGUACGAAAGUACCCAGCAGCGUCUGAAGCGCGAACGUGCAGAGCAAGAGCGCUUCGCCCAGUAUCAGCAAACUCAAUCCCCAGCUGGUCGCUCGGCCGCGCUGCUCUUUGCUUUGGUAUUUUUCUCAACUGGUGCUUAUUACCUAGGCUCCAUUAAGCCUGCUGCCCUCCCCACCUCCUCUACCACAUCUCUCUCGGAGAUUGAAGCUCCGAAGCACAACAUCUCGAAAUCCAAUCUCCAAGCCGCUUGGGCCGAUUUCGUGGAGAUUCUAGGAACGGACAACGUUUCGACAGCAGAUGGUGAUUUAGCCUCACAUGCCGGAUCGGAUUGGUCGUCUUACUCCCCCAAGGAGGGCGAGAAGCCCUUUUUGAUUCUCUAUCCGUCCAGUACCGAGGAGGUCUCGAAGAUCAUGAAGGUCUGUCACCAGCGAGUGAUCCCCGUUACCCCUUAUUCCGGUGGCACAAGCUUGGAGGGCCACUAUGCAUCCACAAGAGGUGGUGUUUGCAUUGACUUCCGUCGCAUGGACCGCAUCUUGCAGCUCCACAAGCGGGAUCUCGAUGUAGUAGUGCAGCCUGCGGUCGGAUGGGAGGAAUUGAACGAGGAAAUCGCUAAGGAUGGACUUUUCUUCCCCCUGACCCUGGCCCAGGGGCCAUGA